UCCCGCAGAAGCAGCAGCCCUCUGCCCGUUCGCAAGGCCGGGAACCAAUGAAAUGCCAACUCCGGCGUGACCACCGAGAUUGACGUGGAAGACACGUCAAAUUGAUCUGAGCAAACGGCAGGCUCCUGGACGGGCUAAUUUCCCCCCGAUCGGAUGAAGAUCACUUUGGGCGUGAGUCCCCGGCCGCCUUUGAAAGUGUUCCGGGAGCAGCAGAGAGACGGGGGCCCGGAGCAAGGGCAGCCCGCCUUGUCUCCUGGGGAGCCUGGCUGCUGCUCGCAGGCAGCCCCCCUCUAUGCAUCCGCGCCUGCCCCGGGGAAGACGGAGCCUCCGGCGGGGCGAGCGAGCAGCUGAGCGCGCAAGGCGCGUGUCUCUUUGCGGGCGAUGGAGCAAACCUACGGCGAAGUGAAUCAGCUGGGAGGCGUCUUUGUCAACGGGAGACCCCUGCCCAACGCCAUCCGCUUGAGGAUCGUGGAGCUGGCCCAGCUCGGGAUCCGACCCUGCGACAUCAGUCGCCAGUUGCGGGUCUCUCACGGCUGCGUGAGUAAAAUCUUGGCCCGCUACAACGAGACGGGCUCCAUCCUACCCGGAGCCAUCGGCGGGAGCAAGCCGCGGGUCACCACCCCCAACGUGGUCAAGCACAUCCGAGACUACAAGCAAGGCGACCCGGGGAUCUUCGCAUGGGAGAUCCGGGACCGGCUGCUGGCGGACGGGGUGUGUGACAAGUACAACGUGCCCUCCGUCAGCUCCAUCAGCAGGAUUUUAAGGAACAAAAUCGGGAACCUCUCCCAGCCCUACGACAGCACCAAGCAGCCUCCCCCGCAGCCAACGCUGCCUUAUAACCACAUUUACCAGUACCCCUACCCCAACCCCAUGGCCUCCUCUGGGACCAAAAUGGGCCAUCAUCCGGGCGUGCCGGUCACCGCUGGACAUGUCAGUAUCCCCAGAUCCUGGCCCUCGGCGCAUUCAGUCAGCAACAUCUUAGGUAUCCGAACCUUCAUGGAGCAAACAGGGCCUCUGGCUGGGACAGAGGGGUCUGCCUACCCCCCCAAAAUGGAAGACUGGCCCAGUGUGAACAGAACGGCCUUCCCUCCCGCCCAGGCAGUCAAUGGGAUUGAUAAAGCGGCAAUGGAAGCGGACAUUAAGUACCCCCAGCCUGCCCCUGGCCUUUCCACCGUCGGCAGCUUCCUCCCAGCCUGCGCCUACCCCUCUUCCAACCAGCACGGGGUUUAUGCUGGCUCCGGGGCGGGCUACAUCACCCCCGGGCACCACUGGCAGGCGCAAAGCAGCCCCCUGGCUCACCACGGGCCCGGAGUGACGCUCCCCGGAGGAGAGCUGGGCACCGCCAUGGCCUUCAAGCAUCCCGCCCGAGAAGUUGUGGACAGAAAACCUUCCAGUCCCGUAGGCAAACCUCAAGAAACCCUAAAUAACAUACAUGGACUUUCUAUCCCCGCCUCAUCUUCCUAGAGCUUGCAAUGAAUCAUCGGAGAGAGGGAGAGUUUUGGGUCAAACACCGGCAACUUCGAAAAUGAAACAGAACCUAAAAGCACAACUGCAUUCAAAGAGGCGCCUCUGGAGAGGAAGAGACUGUGUUUGAAACAAGCCCAGGCAAUAAAAAGAGACAAUGACUUUUUAAUGCACAAGUGAAUGAGAUCUGGACAUUCAUUGACCCUGUGCCUUGAGUGAGUGAUUUCCUCAGUUAAGUUGGAAGGUGGUAAUGGGAGAGAAUCAUUUUCUUUCUUUCUUUCUUUUUUUCUUUCUUUCUUUCACACAAGAGAUCUCUGGAUAUAUAGCAGUCACAGAUUUUUCACUAGAUCUACCACCACUGUUCAUUGCUUACGAUGCCAUAGACUUUAUCCUGUCACUCUGAUGUGCAUUUACUCUAGAGAGGAUUCAUUCAGUGUCUCCAAGGCCUUAGCCCAAGGAUCUGUGCUCUGAACCGGUUUCUGCCCAUGGAUAAUGUCUCUCUCCCAGAGUGUAAAUGGACAAAUACGCAGCAACAUUAUGAUCUAUUUUUAUAAUUACAAACCUUAAUAAAAAGUGACUACAACCGAUGCGCGAGCUUGGAUUCCUUCCCUGGGGCCCGCGUCUUCUCUGUGCACAGCAGCAGACCGUGGCCUCUAGUCGUGCAGUUCUCCUCCAAUCCACUGGAGCCACAAGUGCCCUAUUUCUGCACCUCCUGAAGAAGCUUCACCAAAAGUGACAUCUUCCCAUGCCCUUUGUCCAAUCUGGAAGCAGCUCGCUGCUAGAAUCUUCCUCCGGCCAGUUCUAGACUGUCUCUCUAAAAUGAGUCACUUUGCAUUCAUUGUAAGUAUGGUUGUGUGGUUAAAAGGACUGGACUGGAGCUCAGGAAACCUGCGUUGAUUUCUCAGCACUGCAGCCAGCUCUGUGCGUGGCUCCGGGCAGGUCACUCAAUCUAUUUAGAUUGCAGGCUCUUUAAGGAAAGGGCUGUUUCUUACUGUGUGUUUGUACAGGGUCUACCACAAAGGGGCUAUAAAUGUGGUUGGAGCCACUAGGUGCUACCCUAAUACAUGUAAUAACCCUAAUGAAGGACUGAGGUCCAACUGGAGAUUACAGAAGGUUGCAAAACCUGGGAGAUCUUUGCUGACCUUGCACUUGAGUAUAAAGCACAGGGAGAGAAAAGAAAGAGUAUUUUAAAUAGGGGAGAGCUCCGCCAGACUUACAUGAUAUUUGUCACACUAAACAGACUAUAGUUUACAGAGAGGAGGCCAAGUGGAAGGCAAUGCAAUUACAUCAGAGAAGUAUCUGGCCCCAUGAAUUUAGUUAAAUAUAUCUUAAUGGCCAUCAGACCUCCUGAAAUUGAUCACUAUUGGCCAUAUUUAGUUCCAUGGCAUGUCUAUAGAUUUAAGACAGAGCUAGAAUUCAGAAUGGGAACUGCUUCAGAACAGA